GCUGUGAUUGGUGUUUGAUAAUGAGCAUAUGCGCACUGUAAUCUUUUUGGCUAUUUACGUGUUCUUGUUGAGUUUGUUCACUUGGUCACUGCUGCUUAGCUCGCCUGGCCCUUCCCUUUCUGCCAUUUUCUCUUUGUUAGCCGGUUGCAAAGGCCAGUUGGAGGAUUAGGGUAGAAGAGAUUUAAGUUUUCUCAAGAAAGAUUAUCUGCUGUACUAUGUACGGCAAUUACAACAAUCAUCAAAACAAUGCUAACUUUAACAGGUUUCGCAACAACGAGCAGCAACAGCAACAGCAGCCUUACAAGAACCGGUUCUGGGUUCCCAGGAUCGAUCAAGUCAAUCAGAAUGGCCUGAUCAACGGCUUCGAAAGGAUGGCAAUCGGGCCGAAAGGAAAGGGCACUAUGCCUGGCCAGGGUCUCAGGAAGCCCAUUUGGGACAAAACUGCUCUCAUGCCGUUUGAGAAGAACUUCUAUGAACCGCAUCAAGAUGUCAAAAAUAGAAGCGAAGACGAAGUUGGAGAAUACAGAAGUAGAAAGGAGAUUACUGUGAAGGGACAGAACAUUCCGUUUCCGUCGCAGUUCUUCAAGGAGGGCAACUUUCCCACCUACGUGAUGGACGUGAUCAUGCGCCAAGGCUUCUCCGAGCCAACAGCCAUUCAGGCGCAAGGCUGGCCGAUUGCGCUCAGCGGACGCGAUCUAGUCGGCAUUGCUCAAACUGGCUCCGGCAAAACUUUGGCUUACAUUCUGCCAGCGGCGGUGCACAUCAAGAACCAGAGCAAGCUUAACCGCGGUGACGGGCCGAUCGCGCUGAUCCUGGCGCCGACACGGGAGCUCGCCCAGCAGAUCCAGUCAGUGGCGCACGACUUCGGCGGCACGUCGUCCAUUCGCAACACGUGCAUCUUUGGCGGCGCGCCCAAGGGACCGCAGGCCAAGGAUUUGGAGCGCGGCGUCGAGAUUGUCAUCGCCACACCUGGACGCCUCAUUGACUUCCUCGAGAGAGGCACCACCAACCUCAAGCGAUGCACCUACCUCGUGCUCGACGAGGCCGACCGUAUGCUCGACAUGGGCUUCGAGCCGCAGAUCAGGAAGAUCAUCGAACAGAUCCGACCUGACCGGCAAGUUCUGAUGUGGUCAGCAACGUGGCCCAAGGAGGUGCAAGCUCUGGCUGAGGACUUCCUCAACGAUUACGUGCAAAUCAACAUUGGCUCGCUGGAGCUGGCUGCCAACCACAACAUCCGACAGAUCAUCGAUGUGUGCAACGAUGCCGAAAAGGAGGGCAAGCUCAUGAAACUGCUCAAAGACAUUGGCAAUGAACGCGGCUUCAAAGCUAUCAUCUUUGUUGAAACGAAAAAGAAAGUGGAUGACAUCACAAAGCUCAUCAAAAAGGAUGGAUUCCCUGCGAUCUGCAUUCACGGAGACAAGUCCCAGCAAGAAAGAGAUUAUGUUCUGUCAGAAUUCCGCAGUGGAAAAUGCGCCAUCUUAGUAGCUACCGAUGUCGCCGCUCGUGGAUUAGACGUUGAAGACGUGAAGUAUGUUAUAAACUUUGACUACCCGAACACGUCUGAAGACUACAUCCACCGGAUCGGGCGGACCGGACGCUGCCAGCAGGCGGGCACAGCCUACACGUUCUUCACGGCCAACAACCAGCGCCAGGCCAAGGAGCUGAUCUCGGUGCUCACCGAGGCCAAACAGGACGUCAACCCCAAGCUGCACGAGCUCGCCAACAUGGCCAAGAACACCAUGAACGGCAAACAGAAUCGUAACAGAUGGAACAAUAACAGGACAAGAGAGAAUACAAACGGCUUUGUGAACAAGGGCACAUGGAACCAGAACAUCCAGGAUGUGAAGGAGUUCAAGCCGAGUCAGCCGAACCGAUUCCAAGCUGGAGGCGGCGGCCAGUACCAGAACGGAGGCGGCUACAAGGGCCAGAACUACGGCGGAUACCAGCAGCAGAACGGCGGCGGAUACGGUGGGCAUCCAGGCGCGGGGGGCGGAGCCUAUGGCGGAUACAUGCAGCAGCAACAACAACAGCAGCAGCAGCAGCAGCCUAGGCCUUUCCGCAACCAGUACGCCAACGGCAGUCAGCACAGUCAGGAUUCGCAGAGUGGAGGCUAUGGCGGCUACCAGCAACGCAAUUACGCCGCACCCGACCGCAACCAGCAGGCCGGCCAAGGCAACUAUCAGCAACGCUUCCAGCAACAGCGCUACCAGAAGUACGGCGGCGGUCAGGAGAACGGCAACGUCUACUCGAUGCCCCCUCCCAUGAUGCCCACCUACUCGGGCUCCGACCAGUCGCCCAUGAUGAACCCCAAGUUCUACCAGCAGAGCCGUCCGCCCCCACAGACCAGCCACUGCCACUCUCCCCCCAUGCCCAUGGCCAUGCCCUUCCCCCCCUACCCCGCCUACAGCAUGCAGACUGUCCAGCAGUAGGUCCCCAUCCCCAUCCUCUUCUUCAUUACAUUAUUACCUUCUUAUUCCAAAGUAGUUAGUGAGAAUGUGUCACACAUUUGUGCUUUCAAUAUUGUUUUCUUUUUUGUUUAGUCUUUUCCAACGUAUACAAUAAUAUAAUCGUAAAUACUAAGCUAUUUGCAAAGAAGUUUAGGUGUUUUGGGUUUGCACCACUGAAGUGUGCACAGUAAUAAUUAUUUUCUACUAACUUAACAACACACGAAUCUUUGUCAUGUGUCGCUGCACAUGAUUAUUUUCGAUGCUAGCCUUUGUAUAAAACACCAGAGUGUCUUCUUAUUAUUUGUGGUCGGUCGAUUGGUUGUGUUGGUUGGAUAGCGUUAUUACAUUAUAAUAGUUAUUUCUAUACAACUACUAUCGUCUGUUUCUAUCUCUUUAUCACAAACAACACAAUAUUGUUGUCCGAGUAUAUGAUGUGGCCACAUUCCAAUCUUUUUGUGUUUUAUUAUUUUUUCUUAUUAUAAUAACUAUUAUUAAAACUAUGUAUCUCGGUAUUUGAUAAUAAUUGUAGAAUUAUAAAAAUCUCUGUAUGCCUUUGAAAUGCACGAAACAUUCAGAAGGGGAGGGUUAUGAGCUAAAGUGAAUCAUUAUCAUCAAUCAAUCAAUCAUCAUCAUUAAAAUGUAAUAAUUGGAAGACUAAAAAUCUGUUUUCUUUGAAACUAUGGAAGGAUUUACAAGAUUACAUAUUGUCACGAACGACGGUUGAAAAAUGUUAUUAGUUGUGUUAUACAUAUUUUCUUCUAUUAUUUUUUUACAAAAUAAUAAUUACCUGUCGGUAUUUUUUGCUUCUUGUAUUUGUGAUAUUUCAGAUUGGUGCUGGAUAGGAAACCUAUCUUGUAUUUGUAAUUUAAGACACUAGAUAAUGUUCAUCAACUUCAUGAUAGUAACAUUCUUUCCCCAGCCAGAUAAUCUGGCGAAUAUUAUUUUCUUUUCAAAUAAUUUUAUCUGUAAAUAAAGUGAUGAAGUCAUUAUACCACUUCUGUUCGCAAACUGAUGAAUAGAGAGAGUGCGAAUGAACGUUAUGCAUUGCUCUACAAUGACAACGAAUGACAUUCAUCAUAGAUGUGAUCAUAGUUGUGUUGUGUGUGAGUCACCUAGACCAAAUUAUGUAUUGUUCCUUCCGGUGCCAAAAACAAUCUGACUAUUUUUAUCGAGUACUUUGUUAACUGAAAAAUACUAUGUUGUUCUUAAAUCUAUGCUUGGAAAUAACGAAUAGAAAUUAAUUUUGCAAGCAAAGAAUCUGAUUUUCUAUUUUUUGGCCGUUUGUUAGUGAGGGAGGAAGAGAGAGAGAGAGUUUAGUAGCGAGUGAGAGGACGGGCUCACGCCCAGAAAUGUUCCUUAAAUCCUCUCUUAUAUCUAAAUAUUGUAAUGGUACGAUCAGUCCACCCUCAAGGGUCGUGUACAUAUGUAAUACCUACUAAUAGUUGUUUAUAAUAAUGAUGAUAAAUUUAGUAAUGUAUUAAGUCUAUUGAUUAUUCUAAUUGAACGCUAUAAUGGAAGACCUUGAUUACACUUGAACUGUGAUAUGUAAAUGUAGAGAAUAAUAUUUUAACUUAAGUUUGCAUCGAAUCUUGUCUAUCGUGUCCAUGAGAAAGGUCGGUUAGAACCAUCAUUACACAAAACACACUUACACACACAUACUAUCUGCAUCAAUCAAGCAACGCGCGCGUUCCAAGUAGUAAUUUGCAACUGCAGAGACUUUGUCUGAAGUCUUUGUCCGCAAUUGAGACGCUACAGUAUUUUGAUAUACAAAUUAUUAUUAGUACUACUAUUUUACUGAUGUAUGUCGUCGGCCUUGCGCCGUGCGGUUAAACUAUUGUGAUAUUUUUCUCAAAGACUGAUAAAUGAUUAAUUACAAGCAUUAGACUGUUUUUAAUAAUAAAUCGGUGACGUAAAUGCAAGCUUGUUUUCCUCAGGAGUUUGCUAACAGGCCUGAGCUAGUAGCGGUUGUUAGGAAAAUUAUACGACUGCUCUCAACCAAUCUGGUCUGUAUGUUUUUUACAAAGUUAUUUUUUGUACAAAAAUUAUAUGAGCACAUCAUGCUAGAUUGUUUAUAUAUGUGUGAACGACAUGUAUGUAAACUAGUUGUUUUAAUCUUGCUCAUAUACAUUGAUAUAUCGAUAUUCUAAUAUACUAAGGAAUUUCAGUCUUUGUACGGUAUAUUACAAAUGUUUUAUUUUUUAUGUUACGUUUGAUUUUUAUCUUUUUGAAGUUUAGAAACGAAUGAAUUUAGAUAGCGUUGUAUAUUGUUAAUCGAUUAAUAAACAGUAGAGGUACCGUAGGAAUAAGUCAGUAUGUGUUUGGGUUCAGACAACGGAGCUCUAAGAUGAUGCCGUCUCCGCCCACCUUUCUCGUAGGAAAAGAUGAGAACAAAUUAUUAUUCUAGUAGUUAAUGGAUAAGAAAAAGCUUACAAUCGCAGUUGUUGUAAAAGUGUAAUGAUGCAGACAGAUAAUGACUUUACGAAUAAUUGAUCUUAACGAAUGGUAUUUGAGAAAUUAAAUAGCAAUAGCAAGUGCUCGGUGUUCUUGAUUCUGUGCCGUGCAAUUUUUUUACCAUGACAAAAUGAAAUUUGUGAAAAUAAUAUAUAUUUGUAUACUGGUAAAAUAUAUAGGUCAAUUUGUUAUGAUUUCUUUCUUUUUAAAUAAGUUUGGCGACCCUUGUGAAAGUGUGGGAUGAAAGAUAUAUUUGCACAAAGCCUUUGUUUCCUUUGAGGGCAAACUCUUGGAUAGCGAGUGUUUGUUGACAGAGAAAGCAGGAGAUGUUGUGAUAGUUUUUAUAUGUAUAAAAAAAUUGUCAGAAGAUCUGUAACAAUUUUUCUAUAGAAUAUAAUGAUCGAGUAAAACUCUUCUGUGAGUUUCUUCAAAGUGCAUUUCUUGUAUGUAAUACAGUAUUAUUAUUAGAAAAAAUUAAAAUCAUGCAAUCUUGAUUUAA